AUGGAAGCGUCGGACGUCGGAAACGCGACGCGUAAUGACAGCACCGACGUCUGCGCGCCCGGUUACUUGUGGUGGCAGCAGAAAUGCGUGUCCGAGGAAGACUACGUGACCGAGAUCGAGGACUAUGCGUUUCCGAACACCUACGAGUGGUUUCUGUACGCUCUCUACGCUCUCGUGUUCGUCGUCGGUCUCGUCGGCAACUUUCUCGUCUGCCUGGCCGUGUUUCGCAACCCGCACAUGCAGACCGUCACCAACAUCUUCAUUGUGAACCUGGCGAUCGCCGACUUCAUGGUGAUUCUCAUCUGCUUGCCUCCGACGCUGAUCUGGGACACAUGGGAAACGUGGUUUUUCGGCUACACGCUUUGUAAACUGAUCGUCUAUCUACAGUCCGUCUCCGUCUCCGUGUCCAUAUUCACCCUGAGUGCCAUAUCCGUCGAGCGAUGGUACGCCAUCUGUCAUCCUCUGAAGUUCAAGGCGACGGCGUCGCGUGCUCGGGUCAUCGUCAUCUGCAUCUGGGUAGCGUCCAUCCUGUUGAGUGUGCCCGAACUGUUCGUGCUGUCCACGCAACCCGUGCUCGACAACAGCCAUCUGACUGUGUUGCUGACUCAGUGCUCGCCGGCGUGGGACGACACGAGCGAGAACGCGUGGAGAAUAUUCCAGGUUCUCGCCUUGUACGUGUGUCCGUUUAUUCUGAUGACAUUCGCGUACACGCAGAUCGCCAGACAAACCGGAGUGCUGGAAUACUUGAAGAACCAUCCUGCCCUGGUCGCAUUCAUUCUCGUCUCGCACUGGCUCUGCUACUUCAACUCGUCACUCAAUCCCCUCAUUUACAACUUCAUGAGUGCGAAAUUCCGACACGAGUACAGGGCGGCAAUGCGCUGCUGCUUUCGCGGGUCCAGCCAACAGGCACCCGCACGACGCAAGGGCUCCUCACUUCCCAUCAGCAACUACCGUCUAGCGACGACCACGCGUAGCCGCCCGACGAAUGCCACCGAGGUCAUCUCACUCACCGAGAUAUAA